UCAUCCACGCGCGCCCCGACAAAUUUUCUUGCCUCCCGCGGCCGCUCGCUCUCUCUCCCUCUAGCCUGCUGCACUCAUGGCGGCUCGGCCGGGCGGCGCGCUCGCGUUCCCCUCCUCGCCGACCUCCCUGCUGCUCUCGCGCUCCCGCUCCGCCCCCGACCUCGCCGCGGCACCCACGCGGCCGGGGCGCCGGAGGCGGUGGCUCGUCGCCGGCGUCCCGGCCGUGGCGGGGGUGCUCGCGGCCUCUGCGCCGGCGUCUGCGGCGGUGCUGCGGGAUGGAGGCGCCACGCUGCUCGUCACCGCCGGGGCCUACUCCCUCGUGCGCGCCUUCGACGCGCUCACCGAGCGGCGCCUCAUCGAACAGAACUUGAGCAGAAAGAUUGUCCAUGUGCUAUCCGGGGUUCUCUUCAUGUCUUCAUGGCCACUCUUCAGCGAUUCGACCGAAGCACGGUUCUUCGCUGCAGUAGUCCCAUUCUUGAACUGCGUGAGGCUUCUGACCUAUGGACUCGGUUUCUUCUCCGACGAAGCUCUAGUAAAAUCAGUGACCCGCGAAGGAAAACGAGAGGAAUUGCUGAGAGGUCCUCUGUAUUAUGUCAUCGUGCUGCUGAUCAUUGUUCUUGUCUUCUGGCGUGACUCCCCGAUCGGGAUCGUCUCCUUGUCGAUGAUGAGCGGCGGUGAUGGGUUCGCUGACAUUAUUGGAAGAAGAUUUGGCUCACUCAAGCUGCCAUUCAACAAGAAGAAGAGCUGGGCCGGGAGCGUCGCGAUGUUCAUUUCUGGGUCCCUGCUAUCCGCUAUAAUGCUGUUCUACUUCUCUUGGCUUGGUCACAUUCAAGUCAGCUGGGAUCAGGCGCUUGGUAAACUGCUUCUUGUUGCGUUGGCGGCUACUGUGGUGGAGUGUAUUCCUGUAAAUGAUGUUGUAGAUGACAACAUCUCGGUUCCUUUGGCCACCAUGUGUGUAGCCUUCCUGUUGUUUGGCAGCACUGCAACUUGAAUCUAUGAACAAGAUGAAUUGAGCUCCUCUUGUACUGGCACCA